UGCACGAGAUAUCUAAUCCUUGCCGCCACUUUCACUAGACCAGAUUUACACUGACGAUCAGACGCCUUUAUUCGUGCUGACGUUGAAUGCAGACAUAAAUAUGUAUAUCUGCAGAAUGGGGAUACAUAAUAUAGUCAUUCUUGUUGUUGUGGCAACGGUAGUCUCGUAUGUCAGCGCCCAUGAAGAUGAUCGGGUACGAGAAUAUGUGGAAGGUAUGAACGGCUACAACAAAAGGGCAGAAAACCUUCGUUACCAAUACACCAUUAAGUCCUGGGCCUACAACACUAACAUCACCGAAUACAACCAGAAACAAAUGACUGAAAUGAGCCUGCAGUGGUCUGAUUUCGCUAAAAAGGAAGCGUCUGAAGCCGCAAAGUUCAACCUUAGCGCAAUGACCGACGCCAGAUUGAUACGUCAGAUAAACAUGAUUCUAGAUGUUGGCAUUUCCGGUUAUCACAACAGUGACGUCCUUCGCAAGAUAGCGGAACUUGAAGCGGAAAUGACCGGCAUCUACAGUUCAGCGAAAUGGUGCAAAACUCCCACUGAAUGUCUCCAGCUUGAGCCGGGUUUGACGGCCAUCUUCACAAACAGCCGAAACUAUGACGAACUGCGUGACGCCUGGAAGGGUUGGCGUGACGUCAGCGGAAAGAUGAUGCGAAGCAAGUUCCAGGAGUUCGUCACGCUAAUGAACAUGGCUAUCAAGGCGGGAGGAAAGUACCCUGAUAUGGGCGCGUAUUACCGUUCGUGGUACGAUGACGCUGAGUUCGAGAACGACGCCCGCAAAAUAUUCGAUCAGUUAGCGCCACUGUAUGAUGAGUUGCAUGCGUACGUCCGCCGAAAACUGAAAAUGCAUUAUGACCCAAAACACUUUCCUUCAUCCGGUCACAUUCCAGCUCAUUUAUUGGGGAACAUGUGGGCCCAGCAAUGGAACAACAUUUAUGCCCUGUUGGAGCCAUAUCCAGGAAAGGGAAAUCAGAACAUCACCAAGGCAAUGACUGAACAGAAAUACAACGUGACACACAUGUACAGGUUGGCGGAGGAAUUCUUCGUUUCAAUCGGUCUGCAGCCAAUGCCCGAUUCGUUCUGGACAAAUUCCAUGCUUGUAAAACCUCCUGACCGGGACGUCGUUUGUCACGCAUCUGCUUGGGAUUUUCACAACGGAACUGACUUCCGGAUCAAACAGUGCACGAUCGUGACCGGCGAACAGCUGAACACCGUUCACCACGAAAUGGGUCACGUGCAGUACUACCUCGAGUACAAACAUCAGCCCUACCUCUUCCGCAGCGGCGCCAACCCUGGAUUCCACGAGGGUGUGGCCGACAUCGCCAGUCUGUCUUUCCAGACACCGGAGCAUCUCAAGGAGAUAGGUCUCAUACAGGAGCUUCCAAACGGAACAGAGGGUGAUAUAAACUUCCUGAUGAAGAUGGCUCUUGAAAAGGUGGCGUUCUUGCCGUUCGGCUAUCUCAUCGACCAGUGGCGUUGGAGCGUUUACCGGGGCGAGACCACGCCUAGCAACUACAAUAAAGCCUGGUGGGAUCUCAGAUGUAAAUACCAGGGCAUUUCUCCACCAGUGGCUCGGUCUGAGCAGGAUUUUGAUCCUGGGGCAAAGUACCACAUCCCCGAUAACACUCCUUAUAUAAGGUACUUCGUGAGUUUCGUGCUGCAGUUCCAGUGGCACCAAGCGCUCUGUCAGGUCAUGAACAACACGCGGCCUCUCCACCGCUGCGACAUCUACAAAAACAAGAUAGCGGGCGACAGACUCAAGGCCAUGCUACAAAUGGGGUCAUCUGAGCAUUGGAGUGAGGCGUUGUUCAAACUGACGAGGGGUACGACCGGAGAGACGAGGAAGCUCAGUGCGGCCCCUCUUCUUGCAUACUUUGAGCCUCUCCGGAUUUGGUUAAAAGAAGAAAAUCAAAAAGCAAACGAGACAGCAACUUGGGACAAGAGUAACUGUCCAUCUAGUUCCUUUGUGACGGUUCUCAGCGGCGCUCCCACCUUGACUGCCAGUGGUUGUCUGCCCAUGAUUAUUGUGGCUUGUAUCUCAGUAUCCUUCGCACUGGUCGGCGAUAUUGGACACAUGAAAUACCCGUUUUUUGAACGCUUACGACGCGGCAGUGUAACGAAGACUCGAAAUAGGUUCGCUCCGUAUUUAAAUAUGUCUUUAUUUCAAAUUCUGUACAAUAAAUCCAUUUUAUGUCGAAGGGACUAUGUGCAAUGUGAUUGCUUCUGCUAUACGUAUUUUAGAAUGGGGACUCAUUCUGUGGGUCUUCUUCUUGUUCUGGUAACGCUAGUCUCGUUUGUCAGCGCCACUGAAGAUGAGCGCGUGCAAGACUAUUUACAAGGUAUUAACGGCUACAACACUAGGGCGGCAAACCUAAGUAACCACUACUCCCUCAAAUCCUGGGCCUACAACACUAACAUCACUGAAUACAACCAGAAGCAAAUGACUGAAAUGAGCCUUCAGUGGUCUGAUUUCGCUAAAAAGGAAGCGUUAGAAGCCGCAAAGUUCAACCUUAGCGCAAUGACCAACGCCAGUUUGAUACGUCAGAUAAACAUGAUUCUAGAUGUGGGCAUUUCCGGUUAUCAGGACAGUGACGUUCUUCGCAAGAUAGCGGAACUUGAAGCGGAAAUGACCGGCAUCUACAGUUCAGCGAAAUGGUGCAAGACUUCCACUGAAUGCCUCGCGCUUGAGCCGGGUUUGACGGCGAUCAUCACGAACAGUCGGAACUACGAUGAACUGCGUGACGCCUGGAAGGGUUGGCGUGACGUCAGCGGAAAGAUGAUGCGCAGCAAGUACCAGGAGUUCGUGACGCUAAUGAACAUGGCUAUCAAGGCGGGAGGAAAGUACACUGAUAUGGGCGCGUAUUAUCGUUCGUGGUACGAGGACCCUAAGUUCGAGAACGACGUCCGUGAAAUAUUCAAUGAGUUAGCGCCUCUUUAUGACCAAUUGCACGCGUACGUCCGCCGUAAGCUGAAAAUGCAUUAUGACGCUAAAUACUUCCCUUCAUCUGGCCAUAUUCCAGCUCAUUUAUUUGGGAACAUGUGGGCCCAGCAAUGGAACAACAUUUAUGACAUGUUGGAGCCAUAUCCCGGACAGGGCUCUCAGAACCUCACCAAGGCAAUGAUUGAACAAAACUACAACGUGACACACAUGUACAGGGUGGCGGAGGAAUUCUUCGUUUCAAUCGGUCUGAAGCCAAUGCCCGACUCUUUCUGGACUAAUUCCAUGCUAGUAAAACCUCCUGACAGGGACGUCGUUUGUCACGCAUCUGCCUGGGAUUUUAGCAACGGAACUGACUUCCGGAUAAAACAGUGCACGAUCGUGACCGGGGACCAGCUGAACACCGUUCACCACGAAAUGGGCCACGUGCAGUACUACCUCGAGUACAACCAUCAGCCGUACCUCUUCCGCAGCGGCGCAAACCCAGGGUUCCACGAGGGUGUGGCCGACAUCGCCAGUCUGUCUUUCCAGACCCCGGAGCAUCUCAAAGAGAUAGGUCUCAUACCGGAGCUUCCAAACGGCACAGAGGGUGACAUCAACUUCCUGAUGCAGAUGGCGCUUGAAAAGGUGGCUUUCUUGCCGUUCGGCUACCUCAUCGACCAGUGGCGCUGGAGCGUAUACCGGGGCGAAACCACGCCUAGCAACUACAAUAAAGCCUGGUGGAAUCUCAGAUGUAAAUACCAAGGCGUUUCGCCUCCAGUGGCUCGGUCUGAACAGGAUUUUGACCCUGGGGCAAAGUUCCACAUCCCCGGAAACACGCCCUAUAUAAGGUACUUCGUGAGUUUCGUGCUGCAGUUCCAGUGGCACCAAGCGCUCUGUCAGGUCAUGAACAGCACGCGACCUCUUCACCGCUGCGACAUCUACAAAAACACGAUAGCGGGCGACAGACUCAAAGAGAUGCUUCAGAUGGGGUCAUCUGAACAGUGGGGCGAGGCGUUGUUCAAACUGACAAGGGGAACGAAUGCAGAGAACAGGAAGCUCAGUGCGGCCCCUCUGCUUGCGUAUUUUAAGCCACUCCAGGAUUGGUUAACAGAAGAAAACCAAAAAGCCAAAGAGAAUGCGACAUGGGACAAGGAAAAUUGUCCAUCAGGUUCCUUUGUGACGGUUCUCAACGGCGCGCCUACCAUUGCAGCCACUGGUUCCUUACCUAUGUUGAUCCUGGCUUUCAUCGCCGUAUCAUGCCUUCAGUUCGCCGAUAAUGAAUCCAAAUAAUACGCGUUAUUUGAGACGCUUAUAAUAGUGUAGAUCUUUAAAAUGUUGCUGCAUUCCGAUAAUUGAUUCUUUUUGUCCGGUCGAUGUUAAAAUGUGGAUGAUAAGGCUACCGAAAUUGGUAAUAGGGCGGAUGUUUUUACUAAAACUAAUAGCUAUCUAUCAGUGCCUGUUAUAGUCGAAUCAAAAGAUCAUAUAUAUAGAAUAGAUAUACCAAAAACUCUCUAUUUCACCUUUUACGCCGUUUUUGACUGAUUUGCGAGCUACACAAAACAAUAAUUAUCUUGAAACCUACAAAUAGAUGCAAAACUUAAUUUACACUUUGUGCAAGAUUCUCUGUAUCAAGAACGGAAUAAUUUGCCACGAUAUGCUAUUAACGACACAUUCAAAAGGUGCAUCGGGAUUUCUAUAAACUGAGAUUAUAGCAGAAAUCGUUACUUAAAAGUUAGACGAAUCUAGCGGCCAUCUUUACUUAUAUUUUAGUGACGCUUUCUAGCUUUCAUCAGACAAUGCAAACAUGUUACUUGUAUUUGAUCAUGCAGAUAACUUUUAUUUCAUACAUGAUCUACGAACAUAUAUUUUUUUACGUUACCUAUGCAAAUAAAGUGUCUGUAUGUAAUAUAAGAAGUUGAAAAUGCUCAAAACUUAGACAGAUGAGGCCAAAUGCCAAAAAUUAUCUUAACUUUCAACCAAAUACAUUGUUAGUGACUUUAUGAUUAAAAGAUUUCAAUAAAUAAUUGCUAGUUUUGUUCAUGGAUUUUAACCAUUAAAAAUAAACAGGUAAUAUUA